AACAGUGCCGAGGAGGUGGAGGAAAUUUUUGAUGCGGUGUCGUAUCAAAAGGGCAGUUGCGUCAUUCGUAUGCUUCACAAUUACAUGGGGCCCUGUCUAUUCCAAGCGGGAUUGAAGACUUACUUCGAGAAAUUUAGGUAUGCUAACGCUAGAACAAAGGAUUUGUGGACGGCCCUGGAGACUACCGGUAUUGACAAUGUGGCCGAAGUCAUGACUCUGUGGACGAAACAGACGGGUUAUCCUGUAAUUUCUGUUCGCCUUGUUCAUGCUCCGGAUGGGACGUACAGCAUAGGUAUAAAACAACAACGGUUUCUUGCUGAUGGCAGUUCCUCCAAAGGUGGGAGUCUUUUUUUCGUGACAUCCGUUUCCCGUUUUAAUCGCUUGUGCCUUCUAUAG